UCUGAGGAAGAGGUGCAAAGUUCUGGUGUUAGCAAGGCGUCGUGGCAGGCGAUGAUAUUUAAGACAGCAGCUCCUGUGUAGCACUCAGAGUCUUUAGACCGUCAGCAAGCAGCAUGAAGCCUCACGUGGCGGCGGCAGUGAUGGUGAUGGUGGCAGCGGCAGCCUUCAAGCAUGUCCAGGCCCAUUGUAAAGAGGGCACGACAUCUGACAACAGCUGCAACACCUGCACGUGUUUCAACUCCAUGGUGAUCUGCACCAGGCGGCAAUGUGGGCGCAACCCUAGCAGUUGUUCGGGCACAAAAGGCAGCUACUGGAUGGACAACUGCCACAAGUGUACCUGCAUCAAUAAGAAGCCUAGCUGCGUCCUGAUGCCAGACUGCGUGACAGGGAAGGUGAAGUACCAGGAGUGCGAGGGCAAGUCAUCCUUCCUGUACGAGUGCAACACCUGCAGAUGUGGGCCAAAUGUCAUCGAUAUUUGCACACAGUUGCUAUGUCCCACAGAGUUUCACACCCACAACAUAUGGCUCUGACAAGAGUUGGCAGCACCUCACUCCAUUCAGCGACACCACCACCACCACUCCAUGCAGCAACACCAAACCAUGGCAGCAUGUGGUGUACUGCACUAUAAUGCCAAUAAAUGUAGCCACCAUAACAAAGAACACUGGAAUCAUUGAAGCACUAAACCUCUUGCCCUGUGUGUUCCUCCAUGGUGCACUGACAAGGACCAAACUCAGUGCCACCAUUCAUAAUUACCAAUGAAUAUUUACAAAUAAACUCCAUGACUGUC